AUGCAACAGCUAUGCGAUAACAGUGCAGUGGCGACUGACCUUCGUACCCCUCAGCCUAUCGACAAUCCAUCGACUAGAGACGUACGGCGCAGUGGCGAUCAUGGAAAGAACAGUUUAGAUGGCACAAGUGGUGGAAGAGGGGGAAUGAAGACUGGGGAGAAGGGGUCAAGAUCGCCAUAUCCUCAGAAAGAAGGUGAGGUAGGGGAAAGGGAUACAUAUCUCGAUUUCGUUGCGGGUGACGAAUCAUCGUCUUCAGCUGAAUGGGACUCGGGGGAAGGGGAUAGGGAUAUAUAUCUCGACUUGGUUGGAUCUUUAGAAGAAUUUGACGAAGUAGGUGAACAAGAAACAUAUCUCGACUUGUUCGGGGAAGUCGGCGAACAAGAAACAUAUCUCGACUUGGUCGGAGAAGUCGGAGAACAAGAAACGUAUCUUGAUCUUGAUUUAGUGGGAGUAACCGAUCUACUACCGAUAUCAUAUCCAGAUUUUUCAGGCGAAGUAGGUGAACAAGAAACAUAUCUCGAUCUCAUCUCAACCGCUGAUUCAUUCCCCUUAUCAUCUCCAUUUACCCAAGGAGAAAUCGGAGAAGAUGUAUUAUAUCUCAUCACGUCCUCAGGUGAACAAGUACAUGUUGAUUCAUCCGUAGAAGCAGAAGGAGGAGUGGUAAGGUUAUUCAAAAACUUUGAAGAGAAAUUUAUACUUGAAUCAUGUUCCACAGACCAUAAUGAAGCUAUCACUGAAUUUGCGCCAGAGAUCAAUGCGGAGUUGAUCAGAUUGAAAGGGUUGAAAUGA